GUGAAGGACUUGCUGUGCACGGGCCACCCCACGAAUUUCGAGCGAUUCGCUUAAAAUUUCGCCCACAGUUUAUUUCUUUAUCUCUUCUUUCUCAGGCUUUGACAACUCAGGUUCAUACUAACCCCCUCAAACCACACAGCCAGCCCAAGAUGAGUCACCGAAAGUAUGAGGCUCCCCGCCACGGCUCCCUGGCUUAUCUGCCCAGGAAGCGUGCUGCUCGUCACCGCGGAAAGGUCAAGUCGUGAGUAUUUUCUGCUGCAUCAACAAAGAUAGAAAAAAAAAAAAAAUCUUUUUGACAAUCUCUCCCAGCUGAGGAAGACGUCGGCUAAUGCAUUGGGACCAACAGCUUCCCCAAGGAUGACCCCAAGAAGCCUGUCCACCUGACAGCCGCUAUGGGUUACAAGGCUGGUAUGACCACCAUCGUUCGUGACCUCGACCGACCUGGCGCCAAGGCCAACAAGAAGGAGGUUGUUGAGGCUGUUACUAUCGUCGAUACCCCACCUGUACGAACAAUGCAGCCCGCUUGGCUAUGUGCCUAUGGCUAACAUCUUUUAGAUGAUCGUUGUUGGUCUUGUGGGAUACAUCGAGACUCCCCGAGGCCUGCGAUCCCUCACCACCGUCUGGGCCGAGCAUCUGGGCGACGAGCUUAAGCGCCGAUUCUACAAGAACUGGUACAAGAGCAAGAAGAAGGCUUUCACCAAGUACGCCAAGAAGCACUCCGAGAACAGCGGUGCCUCUAUCACCCGCGAGCUCGAGCGCAUCAAGAAGUACUGCACCGUCGUCCGUGUCCUCGCCCACACCCAGAUCCGAAAGACCCCUCUCAAGCAGAAGAAGGCCCACCUCAUGGAGAUCCAGGUCAACGGUGGUUCCAUCGCCGACAAGGUCUCUUUCGGCCAGGAGCUCUUCGAGAAGCCCGUUGACAUUUCCAGCAUUUUCGAGCAGGAUGAGAUGAUUGAUGUCAUUGCCGUCACCAAGGGUCACGGAUUCGAGGGUGUCACCGCCCGUUGGGGUACCAAGAAGCUUCCUCGCAAGACUCACAAGGGUCUCCGAAAGGUUGCUUGUAUCGGUGCUUGGCAUCCUUCCCACGUCCAGUGGACUGUUGCACGUGCGGGUCAGCGAGGUUACCAUCACCGAACCUCGGUCAACCACAAGAUCUACCGCAUUGGUAAGGGUGACGCUGACGACAACGCCGCCACUGAGAUCGAUGUCACCAAGAAGACCAUCACUCCUCUCGGUGGCUUCGUCCGCUAUGGUGAGGUCAACAACGACUUCGUCAUGGUCAAGGGCUCUAUCCCUGGUACCAAGAAGCGAGUCAUGACUCUUCGAAAGACCAUGUUCCCCCAGACUUCCCGAAAAGCCCUCGAGAAGGUCAGCCUCAAGUGGAUCGACACCUCGUCCGAGUUCGGACACGGUGCUUUCCAGACCCCUGCGGAGAAGAAGCAGUACCAGGGUACCCUCAAGAAGGAUCUUGCCUCCGCUUAGAGCGGCUGCUUGUUUUCUUUCUUGUCUUGACCAAUUCAUUGCACCGGUGUCGAGGGUUGGUUCGUUACUACUGUACGCCUUGCGUUUGGGCUGGGUUAGGUUACAACUGGCGUGGAACGUAAAAAACAAAAAGUCCAGCCAGAAGAGGGAUGGCUUUCAAAAAUUCUAACGAGAUUCCCAAUGUUAAUAUGACUGUACCUUUGUUCUCCGGUGAAUGUAUGUUUGACUUGAGCUUGUGUCCCCUCUGUAGCUGUCUAAACGAAACUCUUGUGUCGAGACAUGCAAAUAUAUA